AUAUGGGUACGUAAAUAAAUAUGUGUGUAUAAGUUAAGGUUAGGGGUUACUGGUAAAGGGCAGCUAAAGAAAGCUUCUUUGUUUCUCCUCUGUUCUUCUUAAUCAGACAACGGAUGGAGUGAGUGACGGAGAGGGAGGAAAAAGGAAAGACCCGUCAUGCGCCGUGAUUUUUCAUAUUUUGCACAUAAUUACUCUUUGACCCCUUCAUGUUGGAAAUGUUUGUUAUUAUAUCCUUUUGGAUCCUGGGCUCAAGUUAGACCCCAGCACGGGCCAUCGCUGAGGCCUGAGGUUAAUGGCUUAAUGCAGUUCAACGGUAAGAAACACGUGCGACUUCGGGUUGCACGUGUCUGUGAUAAAACCUCAGCCGCUGGGGUUUCUCGUUUCCCCAAUUGCAUCGCGCUGUCUGUCUUUAGUAGUUCAUGUCUUUUGAAUAGAUUAUAUUCAGGGUUUUUUUUUUUUUGCUUUGUUGCUCGUUGAUAAUCCAGCGAGAAAAGAGAGUAUUUUUCAUAGAGUUGUAGAAGAAAAGGUUUCAGUUUAUAUAGUUGAAGAUGCAGAAUGUAAGGAGUUAUGUAAUAUCUAGUAGGAGCAGAUGGAGUGGUUUCUUGAGAUCAUUUGUGGAAUCUAAGCCUUGUUUGGAUGGCUUUUCACCAUCUGCUAAAAGGUUUCCAGCGGAUUGGAGUUCUAGUUUUACAAGACAGUAUGUGACAGGUGCCAAUAAUAUAUCAAAGGGUGUACAUGGAGCUGACGCAGGCAUUCCUUUUCCAUUUAGAGGACAGUGUGGUAGAGAUUAUAUAGUUAGCUGUCAGGCAUCAGUCCCACCCACAGAAAAUUAUGGAUUGAAGCUCAGGUCUCCUUGCUUUGCUAGACCCUUUGCAUCCAGAGCUUCAAAGCAAUCAAAAGAAACAUCGGAGACUAGGAAAGAAGUAUCUAAUAUUGAGGAUCCCUUUGAUGCUCCUACAUACAAUAUCCCAGACAAACCUGUGACAUUUACAGAGGGUGCUAGCUACAGUCUCAUAAUCCUUGCUGGGCUUGGGAUUGCAGCUGCUGCAGGAUAUGCUGUCUUCAAAGAGCUGAUAUUUCAACCAAAAGAGUAUAAGAUAUUCAACCAGGCUCUGGAAAGAAUUCAGCAAGAAAGCCAGGUUAGGGUGAGGAUUGGACAUCCUAUUACAGGCUAUGGUCAAGAAAGUAGAAAUCGUGCUGCCCGUCAACGCAUUCCAAACAGGAUAUACACAGACGAAAAUGGUGUAGAGCAUGUGGAGGUUAAUUUCUAUAUUCGUGGGCCCCAUGGAGCUGGGAAAGUUUUUACCGAAAUGUUCAAGGACAAAACAGACAACAAAUGGAAGUAUACCUACUUGAUUGUUCAGAUCAAUUCACCUUCCCGGGCAGAAUUAAUGCUGGAGUCUUAUUUACCAGCAGCUGAGCUAAGAUCUUCUGCAACAAAUUAACCUGGGAUAAACUUAUUCCUGCAGAAAAUUCGUUUUUUCUUCUAGUUGAGCUUAGUUUUCACUGUCCCACAUUUGAUCUCUGUCACUGGUUAAAUUUAAGCACACCUUUACUAGAUCAGGGGAAAUGUUUGGGAUUUUGUAAAUUUGAUUGGGAAUUGUUUGUCCGUUCUCCUUAAAAUUGUGGAUGGGGUAAUGGAUCCUUGGUACUGGUAGAUGCAUGGAUUCUUCAAAUCUUAAUUCUACCAGAAUGUGCUGGACAACAACACUCUUGCUGAUCUGCUGCUUUGAUUAUACAAAUUACAGUCAAUAACACUCUGGCAGUUCUUUUUCCCA